AUGAUGCAUCAUCUCAGGAUCUCCGUUCUACUUACAUCGCUUCUGUAUGCGAUUGGGAUCUUUGCAAGCCAGGAUCCCUACGAUGCAUCCAUCUUGAUUAAAGAGGCCGCGCGCGCUAAUAACGAGUCGCUGCUAUGGGGCCCCUACAAGCCCAACCUCUACUUCGGCGUGCGCCCUCGCAUCGCUAACAGCUUGUCUGCUGGCUUGAUGUGGGCGAAGGUUGAUGAUUUCGCGACCGCACAGCAAAACUUUAGGCACACCUGCGAACAGAAUGAAGGCAUGGCUGGAUAUGGCUGGGACGAAUACGACGUUCGGAAGGGUGGACACCAGACUAUUCAUGAUGCCGGGAACACACUGGACCUGACGAUCGAUUUUAUCAAGGUACCUGGGGGCCAGCAUGGUGGUAGUUGGGGCUUCCGGGUGAAGGGUACCCCUCGCGAAGACGGUAGCCCUGACCAGCCGAUCUCGAUGAUCUUCUAUACAACGCUUGAGGGUCUGGGCCAGCUGGGUGUUGACCCUAAGACUGUGUCGGAAGACGCGCCCGUCGAGGGUGAUGUGCGAUUCACGGGUUACUCUUCUGAACUCGGGGAUUUCUCCAUUGAUGUCACCGACGGUCCGGACAGCAAUGAGUACUUCAAACAUGAUCACCCGAGUUAUGAUGAAAAGCCAUUGGGCCACGGUAUUGUGUCUAGUGCGAUGAUGGCGCAGCAGCAACUUUGGCAGGCCAAGGGAAUCCUGUUCACCCAGAUGAAGGGCGAAGUUGACAACACUAUCAAGGAAUUUGGAACUGAUGACCCGCCGCCGCCGGCACAGCUGUUCACCAUUAAGCACGCGCCCGGCGAUGGCAAUGUCCACAUUGUUCAGAAGGUCUUCACGGGUGCUUUUGAGUUUGAUGUGCUCUUCUCUUCUGGCUCCGCUCCCAAGCCGAUGACCUCGGAGACACUGACCAAGGAGCUAGAAGCUUCCUCCUUGUCUUUCUCUGAGCGAUUCAAGCAGGUCCUGGCACCCCAGGCUCCAUUUGAUUCUACAAAGUACUUGGAGUUCUCCAAGGCCAUGCUUUCAAACCUGAUUGGUGGCAUUGGUUUCUUCCAUGGUGAUGAUGUCGUGGACCGGUCUGCUUCUCCCGCAUACGAGGAGGAGAACGAAGGUUUCUGGGAAGAGACAGCCGAGGCUCGAGCUGCGGCUAAGCCAGUCAUUGGAUCCCCCAAGGAUCUUUUCACCUGCGUUCCUUCACGGCCAUUCUUCCCGAGAGGCUUCCUCUGGGAUGAGGGUUUCCACCUGAUGCCCGUGAUGGAAUACGACUCUGACCUUGCACUCGAAAUUAUCAAGAGCUGGUUCCAUCUGAUGGACGAAGAUGGCUGGAUUGCUCGCGAGCAAAUUCUCGGAAUGGAAGCUCGCAGCAAAGUGCCACCCGAGUUCACCGUUCAGUACCCGCACUACGCCAACCCACCUACCCUGUUUAUGGCAUUGGAAGCUUUCGUGGAUAAAGCGAAGAGCAACAAGAGCACGCAGUUCGAAUCCCUGGACAACAAUGAUGUGGCCGAGAGCCUUCGUACUGCUACCCUGCGGAACCCUGAACUCUCCGAAGCAUACCUCCGUUCGUUCUACCCACUUAUGAAGAGACACUAUUUCUGGUAUCGGAACACCCAACGUGGCGACAUUAAGUCGUACGAUCGCGAAGCAUUCUCUACCAAGGAAGGCUACCGCUGGCGUGGACGCUCAGUCCAGCACAUUUUGACAUCCGGUAUCGAUGACUACCCUAGAGCCCAGCCGCCGCACCCCGGCGAGCUGCAUGUUGAUCUUAUUAGCUGGAUGGGCAUGAUGAGCCGCGCUAUGCGUCGUAUUGCGCAGUAUCUGGGCGAGGAAGAAGAUAUGGAGGAGUUUGCCUACUACGAAACUGCCAUUAUGCGCAACAUUGAUGACCUGCACUGGAGCGAGAAGGAGCAGACAUUCUGCGAUGCUACGAUCGAUGAGUUCGAGGAAAGCGUCCAUGUUUGUCACAAGGGAUACAUCUCCCUCUUCCCCUUCCUGACCGGCUUGCUUGGACCUGACAGCCCGAGGCUCAAGCCCGUGCUGGACCUGAUCAAUGACCCCGAGGAGCUGUGGAGUGACUACGGAAUUCGAAGUCUGAGUAAGAAGGACGAGUACUACGGCACUGAGGAGAACUACUGGAGAAGCCCCGUUUGGAUGAACAUCAACUAUUUGGUGUUAAAAAACCUUUAUGACACCGCAAUUGUUCCCGGUCCACACCAGGAACAGGCCCGUGAAAUGUACUCCAAGCUGCGCAAGAAUUUGGUCGAAAACGUGUUCCGGGAAUGGAAGAAAACCGGCUUCGCUUGGGAACAGUACAACCCCGAUUCGGGCAACGGGCAGCGGACGCAGCACUUUACCGGCUGGACCAGUAUGGUUGUGAACAUGAUGUCCAUGCCGGACCUGCCUAAGGGGGCUAGCACUGGUCACGACGAGCUGUAG